GUUAGAAAACGCGGGGCGUGAGGAGCUUAAGUUCGCGCUGAACCACGCGAGUGGUAAGACCUGCCCCUUCCGGUUACGUAACCCUUGCAAGAUGGCGGCGCCGUGGAGGUCCCUGCGCCUAGUGGCCCCCAUAUGGAACAGAAGUACCAGGGGUAUCCAUCACCUGGGUGGGGCAGUGGACCCAGAGAGCAAUCAGAAGAAGAGGAGGACAAUGCUCCAGUACCUGUCCGACUAUUUCUAUGAUGUGGAGUCUCUGAGGGGUUAUUUUCUCCAAAAUGAGAUGGUCAAGGUGCAUCAGAAAAAUCGAUCCUUCGCCUACCUGGGGGAGACAUAUGGUCCAAACAACGCAGGUGCCUUUUUCAUCCUGAAGCAGGGAGGCGCAGUCAAGUUUCGAGACAAGGAGUGGAUCAGGCCAGAUAAGUAUGGCCAUUUCCCUCAGGAAUUCUGGAAUUUCUCAGAGGUGCCUGUGGAAGCUGUGGAUGCCAGUGACUGUGCCAUCAACUACGAGGGCCUGGAAAACCUCUACCUCCUGAAGGAGCUCCAGUCCUUGUCGCUGCAGCGCUGCCCCCACGUGGACGACUGGUGUCUCAGCCGCCUCUACCCACUGGCCGACUCGUUGCAGGAGCUCUCGCUGGCCGGUUGCCCCCGCAUCUCCGAACGUGGCCUUGGCUGCCUCUACCACCUCCAGAACCUCCGCUGGCUGGACAUCUCCGACCUCCCUUCCGUGUCCAACCCAGGCCUCACUCAGAUCUUGGUGGAGGAGAUGCUGCCCAACUGCAACGUUGUGGGGCUCAACUUGGCUGAGGGCCUGAAGUUGGGGCCAGAGGAGCAGCCUCGGGACACAGACAGGCCCGUCCCUGCCUAGCCUUCAGCCCUGUCCCCAUUCAAGCGGCUUUUCAGCGGACUGCAUGGAAUGUCUGGUAGCUCACCAC